CCUCACUAUAGUUCACGAUAUUAACCAUGGCCGAAUACUGGAAAUCAGCACCUCGACACUGGUGCAAGCAAUGCAAGAUAUUCAUCCGGGACACGCCCUUCGAGAAAACCCAACACGAAGCCACCGGCAAACACCAGGGCAACCUUAAGCGAUUUUUACGCGACAUUCACCGCACCAACGAGCACCAGCAGCGCGAAACUCAAAGAGCGAAGAGCGAAGUCGAGCGACUGCGAUCGGCCGUUUCGGGCUCGCCCGCCGACGGUGCCAGCAAUGCCGCGGCUCCCUGGAAACGGGCCCCUGCCGCUGCCCCUGCGCCCGUCGAGAAAUCGGUUUCCAUAGAGGAGCGGAAGAAGCAGAUGGCGCAGUUGGCGGAGAUGGGCGUGGCGAUUCCGCAGGAAUACCGUGGAGAUAUGGCGCUGGCGGGAGAAUGGCAGACUCUGUCCGAGAAGGUUGUCGAUGGCGCAUCGACGCCGUCGCUGGGCGUGCGCAAACGAAAACACGAGGAAGCGGACGAGGAAGAGGAGGAGGCUAAAAAGGAGGCAGAGAGGUUUGUAAGUAAGCCGUGGGGAUCGAGGACGAGGCAGUACCCUGGGGCCCAGGACGACACGGAUCUGGAUGCGCUGCUUGCGUCUACGAAGGAUAUCAAGAAGAGCAAGCCGUCGACAUCGGAUGCGCCUGCCCAAGGGGAUGAUAAAGAGGUUAGCGUGGCACCAGAGAAAGGAGAAGCCGAAACUGUGAACCCGGAGACGGAGACGGAUCAGCCAUCGCAGACGAAGGAGGAAAGCCUUCCGGAGGCGAAGAAAGAACCCGAAGAGGCAGCUGGAGGAGUGGUCUUCAAGAAACGCAAGCCGAAAGUGAUGAAGAAAUAAACGAAUUGGCGGAUGGCAUUGUUUCCAUGUCCACAUCCAAUGGCAUGACUCUCUACGGCAGGACUCCCUGAAUCAUGAGCAGUAUGCUCAACAUGCCGCGCACUGCUUCCUCGCAGCAGGUUUAUUGCCCUGCGUUCUAUCAACAGCAAGGGAAGUACGUGGCAGCGUAUGCCGACCAGUCUGACUCUAGAAGAAAAGGAUGGAAUACACUACAAGGCCAUGAUCAUCUAUCUAUUGAGAUAUCUGGUGUCUCUGUCACACAGGCUGGCUGCCGAAUCACUGGCCUGAGGAAACAUCAGGGCUUGUAAGGACUUUCUUGACCCCUGGCUAUGAGGACUAUAUCGGAUAUUCAGGGUGAAAAGGCGUGGUCUUGUCAAAUCCGAGAGACUCGAGGGGACUAUCGGUCUAAUUGGGGAUUUUAUGUAUUUUAUUUAUUUUAAUAAUUUUUUCCUCC